UCAAGAGGAAAGAGAGGUGAAUUUUUCUGCACAGCUCCUGAGGGCCUUGACAGGGAGGUGGGGUUCAGCACACUACAGGAAAGAGUUUCCAGCAGCUGGAGCUAUCCCUGAAAUAGAGGUAGUGAGCACCCCAUCACUAGACAUAUGCAAGAAGAGACAGAAAGGGAAGCGUAGAGGGGAUUGCAGUGUGGAGCGGCGGUUGGAUGGGAGGACUUCAGAGUUCCCUUGCAGCUUAACAAUGGCCUGUGAGGUGGCAGGGAUGAGUCAGGGUGUGCGUGUGUGGAGGGAGGGUUGGUGAGAUGAAGACCAGGGAGAGGAAAGGGUGGGCCUGAGGCCCCCAUGGAGAAGGGACGGGCAGGAUGUGAAUAAUGGGAGAGGCAAUCGCCUAUUCUCCUGGGCAAUGCUUUGGGGUUGAGCAGCGGCAGACCAAGAUGCCCCAGGCAAUGGCCAGGUUUGGGCCGUCUCUGGAGGUGACUCGUCACCGGAGAGAGGUGGUAGGGCUGUCUGCAGCUGAAGAAAGGGGCAGGGCCCAGAGAAACAAUGCAAGGGGACUCCUGGGUUUUGGCUAAGUAGUUUUGGGGGAGCAGGUGAAGAUGUGGGGAUCCCUGGCCCUGGCUGGGAGCUGCCCUAGUAUAGGCCCAACCGAAAGGGUUGGGUGGAGGUUUUGGCCUGGGAAGGGAUCGGGGGAAGGCAGUGUAGAAGGCUUGAAAGUGCGGAAAAGGCUGGUGGACCUGAACCCCGCCUCCUCGAGUGGGCCCCCUGUAUCCACACCCUUCCCAGUCCUGAGCCCAGAGUUAUUCUAAACUCCCGCUGCUGGGAGACGGGAACUGAGAACCACUAAAUGUUAGAACGGCACCCUUUUCCGGCCAUGCCACCUGGGCCAGAAAAAAAAAAGAGGGGACCCAGAGAAAAGCGGGCUGGUUCUGGGGCGCCGCGGAGGCCACAGAUCAGAAUCCAGCUUUUUACAAUGGAGCGGAAGCAAGCCUGGCUCGGGGCGAUUCCGGGACGAGCUAGGCCUGCGGGUCCCUUUGCCUGGUCCCCCAGGGCUUUUCUGUCUCGGGGAGGCUUCCUGUCGCGGGCCCUGGUCCCCCCUAGCCCCCUUCCGGGAUGGGCGAGCUCCCGUCUUCAAGCCCAAGUUAAUGACCAGGGACUGUGAACUUUUUGGAGAUCUGAAAAGGGCUGGCCCCUCGGGGACAGUGACGCCCCCCACCCCCUACCCUGAGCCCGGAUCCUGGAUUACCCCAAGCCACGGCCCGGCUUCCAGCUACCUCCCUGGGUCCGGCGCGGGGCCCUUCCUGGGACCCCUCCUCUUCCCGGUCCCAGCCAGACGGCGCCGUUGGUACAUCCCGGCCCAUCCAGGUGGUAGCGCCCGCGCGGCUACCGUAAUUCCCCUACGUUCCGCGCCCCAGUUGGCGCGGAGUCGACUGAGCUCUUCCCGCGGCUCCCGUCCCCCUCUCCCCGCGCGCCCCAUGAGGCUUUGGCAGUCUCGGCCCAAGCCUCAGACACUGGGGAGGAGACCCUGGUCCUGUCCCUAGGUAUGUCACCACGCAGACUGCCAGCAGCUGCACCGCCGGGGACCCCUCAACCUCUGCGAGGCCUGUGACAGCAAGUUCCACAGCGCCAUGCAUUAUGAUGGGCAUGUCCGCUUUGACCUUCCCCCACAAGGCUCUGUCCUUGCCCGGAACGUGUCCACCCGGUCAUGCCCGCCACGCACCAGCCCCGCGGUGGACUUGGAGGAGGAUGAUGAAGAGAGCUCUGCGGAUGGCAAAGGGGACCGGAAGAGCACAGGCCUGAAAAUCCCCAAGAAGAAAGCAAGGAGGAGACACACGGAUGACCCGAGCAAGGAGUGCUUCACCCUGAAAUUUGACCUGAAUGUGGAUAUCGAGACGGAGAUCGUCCCAGCCAUGAAGAAGAAGUCGCUGGGGGAGGUGCUGCUGCCUGUAUUUGAAAGGAAGGGCAUCGCGCUGGGCAAAGUGGACAUCUACCUGGACCAGUCCAACACACCCCUGUCCCUCUCCUUCGAGGCCUACAGGUUCGGGGGACACUAUCUUCGUGUCAAAGAGCUGGGUACUGAGGAUCUCUCGUGGCCCCCACAUGCGGCCCCAGCCAAGCCUGGAGGUGAGGGCAAGGUGGAGCAGGGCGUGAAGGACUCCAAGUCCCUGAGUCUGCCGAUCCUGCGGCCAGCUGGGACUGCGCCCCCUGCCCUGGAGCGUGUGGACCCUCAGAGCCGCCGGGAGAGCCUGGACAUCUUAGCCCCUGGCCGCCGCCGUAAGAACAUGUCGGAGUUCCUGGGGGAGGCGAGCAUCCCUGGGCAGGAGCCCCCCACGCCCUCUAGCUGCUCUUUGCCCAGUGGCAGCAGUGGCAGCACCAGCAGCGGCGACAGCUGGAAGAACCGGGCGGCCAGUCGCUUCAGCGGCUUUUUCAGCUCAGGCCCCAGCACCAGCGCCUUUGGCCGGGAGGUAGACAAGAUGGAGCAGCUGGAGGGCAAGCUGCACACCUACAGCCUCUUCGGGCUGCCUAGGCUGCCCCGGAGGCUGCGCUUCGACCAUGACUCCUGGGAGGAGGAUGAUGAGGACGAGGAUGAAGACAAUGCCUGCCUGAGGCUGGAGGACAGCUGGCGGGAGCUUAUUGAUGGGCAUGAGAAGCUGACUCGGCGGCAGUGCCACCAGCAAGAGGCAGUGUGGGAGCUGCUGCACACGGAGGCCUCCUACAUCAGGAAACUGCGGGUGAUCACCAAUCUGUUCCUGUGCUGCCUCCUGAACCUGCAAGAAUCAGGGCUGCUGUGUGAGGUGGAGGCGGAGCGUCUGUUCAGCAACAUCCCGGAGAUCGCGCAGCUGCACCGCAGGCUGUGGGCCGGCGUGAUGGCGCCGGUGCUGGAGAAGGCGCGGCUUACACGGGCGCUGCUGCAGCCCGGGGACUUCCUCAAAGGCUUCAAGAUGUUCGGCUCGCUCUUCAAGCCCUACAUCCGCUACUGCAUGGAGGAGGAGGGCUGCAUGGAGUACAUGCGCGGUCUGCUGCGCGACAACGACCUCUUCCGGGCUUACAUCACGUGGGCCGAGAAGCACCCACAGUGCCAGCGGCUGAAGCUGAGCGACAUGCUGGCCAAACCCCACCAGCGGCUCACCAAGUACCCGCUGCUGCUCAAGUCGGUGCUGAGGAAGACCGAGGAGCCGCGCGCCAAGGAGGCCGUCGUCACCAUGAUCGGUUCCGUGGAGCGCUUCAUCCACCACGUGAAUGCGUGCAUGCGGCAGCGGCAGGAGCGGCAGCGGCUGGCGGCCGUGGUGAGCCGCAUCGACGCCUACGAGGUGGUGGAAAGCAGCAGCGACGAAGUGGACAAGCUCCUGAAGGAAUUUCUGCACCUGGACUUGACAGCGCCCAUCCCCGGCGCCUCCCCGGAGGAGACGCGGCAGCUGCUGCUGGAGGGGAGCCUGAAGAUGAAGGAGGGGAAGGACAGCAAGAUGGAUGUGUACUGCUUCCUGUUCACGGAUCUGCUGUUGGUGACCAAGGCAGUGAAGAAGGCAGAGAGGACCAGGGUCAUCAGGCCACCCCUGCUAGUGGACAAGAUUGUGUGCCGGGAGCUACGGGACCCUGGGUCCUUCCUCCUCAUCUACCUGAAUGAGUUUCACAGCGCUGUAGGGGCCUACACGUUCCAGGCCAGCGGCCAGGCCUUGUGCCGUGGCUGGGUGGACACCAUUUACAACGCCCAGAACCAGCUGCAACAGCUGCGUGCACAGGAGCCCCCAGGCAGCCAGCAGCCCCUGCAGAGCCUGGAAGAGGAGGAGGAUGAGCAGGAGGAGGAAGAAGAGGAGGAGGAGGAGGAAGGCGAGGAGAGUGGCAAUUCAGCUGCCAGCUCCCCCACCAUCAUGCGGAAAAGCAGCGGCAGCCCCGACUCUCAGCACUGUGCCUCAGAUGGCUCCACGGAGACCCUGGCCAUGGUUGUGGUGGAGCCUGGGGAGACGCUGUCCUCCCCCGAGUUCGACGGCGGUCCUUUCAGCUCCCAGUCCGAUGAGACCUCUCUCAGCACCAUUGCCUCAUCUGCCACACCCACCAGUGAGCUGCUGCCCCUGGGUCCAGUGGACGGCCGCUCCUGCUCCAUGGACUCUGCCUACGGCACCCUCUCCCCAACCUCCUUACAAGACUUUGUGGCCCCAGGCCCUGUUGCAGAACUAGUGCCUCGGCCCCCAGAUUCCCCACAAGCUCCUUCCCCUCCACCCUCGCCCCGUCUCCGCCGCCGCACCCCUGUCCAGCUGUUAACCUGCCCGUCCCAACUGCUCAAGUCUAAGUCCGAGGCCAGCCUCCUCCAGCUACUGGCAGGGGCUGGCACCCAUGGAACAUCCUCUGCCCCCAGCCGCAGCCUGUCAGAGCUCUGCCUGGCUGUCCCAGCCCCAGGUAUUAGGACUCAGGGCUCCCCUCAGGAAGCUGGGCCCAGCUGGAAUUGCCGGGGGGGCCCUAGCCCUGGCGGUGGUCCUAGGCUAGCUAGCUGCCUGGCCGGGGAACCUGCAGGCUCCUACAGGAAGAGGUGUGGAGACCUGCCCUCGGGGGCCUCUCCCAGGGUCCAGCCUGAGCCCCCACCAGGAGUCUCCACCCAGCACAGGAAGCUGACCCUGGCCCAGCUCUACCGAAUCAGGACCACCCUGCUGCUUAACUCCACGCUCACUGCCUCGGAGGUCUGAGCAGAGGGAGGCCCCCAAGAGUGCCAUUGACCAAGAGGCAGUAGACAGCCUGCCUCCUGGGGCGUGCCGGCACCUGCUUCAGUGGCUGCCUCCUGUGUGCAUGAGCCGGAUGCUGGGAAGGAUCCCUGCCUACACCCGGACCCGACUCGUGCUUUGCCAGACUGGAUGGAGUGGAGGCGGCCCAGGCCACAGUACCACCUGACCUGCCCAGGCAGCCCCUCGUCACCUACUCCCCGAAGUUAACAGCUCAACUCGAAUCCAGGGCUGGGCUCCCAGGCUGCCCAUCCCACUUCUACCCUCACUGGCCUCCAGUGGGACUCACUCCUGCCUCGCCCCCACCUUCCCAGUCCCACAGGCCACCCCUGGCUUGGGCUAGGUUCUGUAAAGUUACGUAUUUAUUGAGCUUUUGGUUCUUUUAUAAAGACUUGUCUAGACUCCA